GCAACACUUGGAGACUGCACACGGCUCCCCUCCUCCAUAGAUAUGCCCCUGUGAUACACCCACCCAGUGAGCUGUCACAGACAUGUAAUUUUUUUUUUAACCAGUUCUGCUUGUCCACAUAUCUGUGGCUAAGUGGCAUUUUGUGGUUAAGUGGCAUUUUGUAGGCCAAUAAUUAGGAUUUUUUAACCUCCCAGUACAGACGAAGAAUCACUGUUCUGGUAAAAUGGAAACGCUAUGGAAUUUGGUAGCGGGGACAAAAUUGUCUUCUCAGCACCUAGGGCAGCACGGAUGGUCUAAAGCUCCUGUCACAUUGCAGGAUAUUUGGGGUGAGCACGUAGCAGGGACCCCUCUUACUGAUGACUUGUUUCUGGCUCGCGGCAUGGUGCCUCUGGGUCCUCUACAUGGUGGACGGUCAACGGGUGCAGUUGGGAAUGUAUAAGGACUCCUUGGACGACCAAUAUGUCGGAUGCCUCGACCAAAUGGAAGCCCUAGCGCCAGGUUUACUGAGGAAGGAAAGACAGAAGGACAAGGAAUUGGACAAUGCUUGGGAAGAAGCUUCUGAAACUUGGUUGAUAAAAAAGUCCUCAAUGAAAACUCUUCCUGAGGGGUUUAAAGAUGAACAUGGGAUAGCGCUAUUAGUGUACACCGACAUGAACAUCCCUGUCUACAAACAGUUAAACCAAGCUGUACGGGAAUAUGGCGUGGAUCCCCAAUCAUUCAUGUACCACUCAUUGCACUUUUACCUCACCAGAGCCUUGACUCUUCUCCGAGUCGGGUGUGAUGGGAAACCAUGGUCCACCUAUCGAGGGGCCAGCAGGAUUCUCUUUGAGCCGCCUCCUAAGCCCCAGCACCAUAUCAGGCUCAGUCAAUUUGCUUCUUCAUCUACUGACAUCGGGCAGGCGCAGCAGUUCGGAAACGCGUCUUUCUUCAAUAUCACCACUUGCUUCGGGGCGGACAUACACAACUUCUCCUACUUCUCUCACCAGAAAGAGGUACUGAUUCCAGUGGAUGAGGUGUUUCAUGUCUCCAAAUACAUCCAGGAGGGGAACAGAUUCAUUCUGCAGAGCACCGAGAAGAGGUGCAGCUUUUACAACUGUGCCUACCUGGGAGGUAUAAAGAGACCGAGCUGCACAUAUAACGCAGCUCCAAUACCAGGAAGGUUCAGUGAAGCAGUGACGGUGCCCCUGCUGGUUGGUUUGGGUAUUGCUGUCAGUUUCAUGACACUGAAUCUAUAACUGUGGUUCCAGCUGGAUAGAGAUGUAGGUGGCUGCAUCGCAGUGGAGGUCCCGCAGCAGUAAUCCACCGAGAGGAGACAUCUUCCAUCUGCCUAUACAUAAUGACAUUUUCUAAAUAAAGCUCAUUUGUGGGAACGUAUUUCCUCAUCUUCCUCACA